CGGGGCCAAAAACCGUCGGGUGUCAACUAUUGUAUCGUGAUGAGGGAAGUUGCAGAAAUCUCGCAACGAAUAUCAGGACCCAAGAACUCUACCGGUUACAUCAAUGGUGCAUUCUUCGCCGACCCAUCAGAUGAAGGCCAGAAAGACGUCCCAAACUACAGUGCAGACGACAACAAACAGAAGGAAGCUUCAGUGGCGCCCAAAGGGGUGUUGGCAGUGAUACGCCAAAGCCGAUGGAUGCUACCUUUAAUCUACACUCACAUAUGGAUGUCGGCAUCCUUUUCAAUCAUACAACCAUACUUCCCACCUUUGGCUGCUGCGGCUGGUUUAAAAGCCUGGAAAUACGGAUUCUUUUUCUCGGCCACGAAAAUUGCGAUGUUACUAGGAUCUGUGCUAAAUGAACGCCUUAUGGCAAUUGCUUCUCCACGAAAGUGCUAUUUGUCAGGGCAGAUUGGUUUUGUGCUAUUUACUAUUCUUCUCGGGUCAAUGUACUGGUCACCGGGCGGCAACACUUUCCUUGGCCUCUCUUUAGUGCUCGCCAUCAUCGGCGGCUUCUUUUCAACGGUGUACGUCGUUUCGGCGUACACAGUUGUCACUGCCGAGUUUCCUGCGCACACCGGUCUCAUAAUUUCAACAAUGGAAUUCCUGUGGGGCUCAGGAAGUAUGAUCGGGUGCGGCAUCAGUGGACUGCUAAUUGACGCCUGGGCUUAUCCUCUACCUUUCUUCGUGCUCGCUUUACUGUCGAGCUUUUCACUCCCGUGGACAACACGAUCACAAAGAAUACCAGACAAACCGUUAAAAGAGGUUCAGCCUCGUCCAAGCUCCGAGUCUUCUGAAAACCAGAAGAGUCUGUUCAGGCUGCUCAUAGACCCUGUGUUCGCAAUUGACAUGGUUACUGUGAUGCUAAGUUGGAUCAUCAUGGGAUUUAAUGAACCUACGCUGGAGCCCCACCUCAGGCAGUUCGGCAUAGACACAACUGAGCUGGGUGUCAUUUUCAUGGUUCAGUUCGCGAGCUACACUCUAGCGGCGCUCAUCCUCGGUAUCUUGUGUCAUUGGAAGAUGGAUGCGUUCUGUGCCUUUAUGGGCCAGCUGGUGACCGUAUUCGCUUAUGUUGUACUAGGGCCAGCUCCAUUCAUUCCAAUAGAAGCUGCUAUGUGGAUGGUAUACCUCUCCCAAGUGUUCACGGGUGCUGGUAUGGCUGGACAGUUCAUUUGUGGUUACUGCCAUUCACUGAAACAUGCAGUGGCAAGCGGAUACUCAGAUGAUAUAAAGACAACAUCAUUCAUAUCAACAGUUGUAUUUACAAGUUUGGUGUUCGGGGCUACAGUGACACCUCCAAUUGCCGGCUAUAUCGUGGAAAUAUUCGGCUAUAGAAGUGGAUCGAUGUUUUUACUAGGACUGCUCGCACUGUGGACGCCAGUUACAUUCGUCCAGUGGUUGUUAUCAUCGUGCUGUGACAAAAGAAGGCAGCAAUCACACUAAAAGGCAGAUUUGGGGAUAUCUGCGCGUUGACGCAACGAAUCUGUUUACGUUCACGUGAAGACAGGCCAACGCGCAGCUCGCUGCUUACGUCACGAAAAACGUUCGAGCACACUGAGACUAAAAGAUUCUUUUCAAGAAAUAGUUACAAAGGAGAUGUUACCCUUUAGACCUGAGGGGCAUAGAGAUGCGUUAAGUCGCUACAAGUGUCACAAAAAUUGCUCACGUGCUGCAGCAGGCCUCGCCAUGAAGCCCCAUUCUAUGGUGACCCCGCAAUGUCGGUUUCAGUAACGCGGUUCGGACGCGCAACGCCGUAUACCAAGAGAAUGCUUACAACGUGACCUGCAGCUUCAAGUGUGUACAAAAUGGUAAAAUAUGCUCUGGUGAUGACCGGUGUGCGAGGAAAUUCGGACAGUUAUGCGGUGAAUGAAUAAACUUUAAUAGACCUUUUUUUUCGAUGAAUAUGUGGACCUGCGGUGAAAUCGCGUACCCGAAGUGUAAGCCGGCAAUAAAAGGUAAAUCUCACUUAGACUCCCUCACGAACAAUACUAUGUUUUAGGGCUCACUCAGACUAAGCCUCGCCAAUGUUUUGCUCCAACGGACUCACUAGAACUGAGACUCGCCUAAGUAUUAUUACUCACUAUGGCUCACUCAUAAGCAUGUUCACGACCCGAUCUGAGUUUGAGUAGGUCGACUCAUGUGUGAGUUUGCCGACCUUGUGACCCGAAGCAGUGCAGAGUUCCCACCAGCGUACAAAGUGAAGAUCUGGAAGACCGUGAGCGCUCACAUUUGCUAGCUGGGAGAAGUGAAGUUGAUGAUGACAAUCAAUAAAUGCUUAUUGCCGGAACAGUAACUUGGAGCAAGUCUUAUUAUACUCUAGGUAGCAGGUUACCUCAUUCCAUGAACGCCGUCGUUUUCGCAAUGGCAUAAGAGCAAGCCGACGUUUUUUAACAAAUCCUGGAAAGGGUUAGAACGUCAGCAAAUAAACGCCGCACCUGAUCAUUAAAGCUAUCUUGCAUUGCAUGUGGGCAUGAUCUUCUGGGAGAGGAACGUAGACACAGUUUGGCAAUACCCCUCUUCACAAGCCUAUAGACUGCGUUUAUUUGCUGCCGAGUAUUUUUGCAUGUUAGUGACGGCGAUCGCAGAGUUUCUUCUGCGUGAUGCCAAAGCAGCCCAUUCAAGCGUGAACCCUGGCCUGCAUCGCAGGUGGCGUCCAGAGGUGAUGCCUUAUAUGCAUCACAUUUCCCACAACUUGAAAAAGAUUGCGAGCACAGGCACGGCGUGCCGAUGGUGUUCUCCGCCGCGCGUAAGCUGGCUGGGCUUUGUCUCAGAAUCCAGCGGUUGCGGAAAGAAGCAAGCGUUUGCGUAUGUAAAAUAUGCGACUGGCGUCGUCUACGAAAUGUCGUUGUCUUGUUGGAAAUAUUACGUAGGUCUUAUACAGGGCGUUGCGGGAACGACCAUGCAAGAGAACAUGAGCGUUCACUUAGAAAUAACGGGAACACGCAUUCACCCCCACAUUGCCAAGUUUGCGUGUGCUCACCGGUUUUCAGAGAAUAACAAAGAGUUUGGGUCGGAGCGCUGAUAGCCCCGCCCGCGAACUGAUGGCAGCCUUUCAUAUUUCUGCAAGAGGCAAUUAAUGCUUGUGUCAGCGAUUCGUCAAUUUCGUUAUUUGAUGGUGAGCGUGAUUUUAUGCGCGGCUUGCUUUGAGUUGUUUGGUUUUAACCAUGUGACCUCUUCACUGUGUUCUUUCGUGACUGUAUGUUUGAAAGGUGAGGAAUAAUAAAAUGCAGCUGAAAGUU